AUGACUUCAAACUUUGUCUUCUUCCUUUACUCUCGCUCUCCCAUGUCAUCUCACUCGUGUCAUGUAUUGUUUUUCAUAGAAAGAAACACACACACACUCUCUCUCUAUCUAUCUUUCUCUCUCUCUCUCUCUUUCUCCAUCUAUCUAUCUAUCUAUCUGAAAGCCAAAGACACAGACAUGCAUAUUCACUCGUUGCUAAAACAAUUACAAUGUUCCAACCUUAAUACAAAUACUUUUCAUCAAACAAGCGUGUGUGUUAGGAGUACGAGGCUGAGAAGGUGCAAGUCAACAACCUGCCCACCAACAGAACAAAUUAUGAUGGGACAUUUUAAUCAUCGUCAUCUUUUUUAUCCUUUUAUUCUUCCUUACAUUCCUUCACUUUCUUCUUUUUCCCUUCUCCUUCUCCACUCCCUCUCUCUCUCUCUCUCUCUCUCUCUCUCUCUCUCUCUCUCUCUCUAUCUAUCUAUCUAUCUAUCUAUCUAUCUAUCUCUCUGUACUUCUAUUUGCGAGACUAUGUGGCAUGCUAACACGCAACUUUCUGAAGACUGUCUUUAUUUAAAUGUUUGGGUGCCCCGAAAUGGUAAAUCUAAGAAGAAAAAAGCUGUAAUGAUAUGGAUCUAUGGUGGGGGAUUCUACAGCGGCACAUCGACCCUCGAUGUCUAUGACCCACGCUACUUGGUUGCUGAGAAUGAUGUCAUUUUCGUAUCGAUGCAAUAUCGAGUAAGUGCUUUCGGUUUUCUCGCUCUCGGCAUUCCAGAAGCCCCCGGAAACGCGGGAAUGUUCGACCAACUUAUGGCGUUAGACUGGGUGCAGAGAAAUAUCAAGUUUUUCGGAGGUAAUCCGCAAAACGUGACCCUAUUUGGUGAGAGCGCUGGCGCAGUAAGCGUAGCAUUUCACCUCCUCUCCCCUCUGAGUCGGCCGAAGUUUAAUCGGGCUAUCUUGCAAAGUGGAAGUGUAACCUGCGCAUGGGCAGUGACAACCCGUGAAGAGGCCUUUCGACGAGCGAAGAGACUUGCUCGCCAAUUCAAGUGUCCCGUUCUCGAUACGGCCAUGGAUGUCUACCAAUGCCUAAAAGCGCAACCUGCAGAUGAGUUUCCAAAUCACGAAUGGUGGGUGGUCCAAGGGAUCUCUCAGUUCCCGUUUGUCCUCGUUGUCGACGGUACAUUUUUGGUUGAAGCUCCGGAAAUCUCACUGGAACGUCAAAAUUUUAAAAAAGUCCCUAUCCUGGUGGGGAGCAACAAAAACGAGGGAACAUAUUUUCUUACCUAUUUUCGGCAAGAUAUUUUCAAUUUAAAAGACAGUGCUCUUAUUAGUAAAAGUAUUUUUCGUCUUCUCUUGGAUACACUGGUCGAAUACUAUCCGAAGUAUCCACAUUCCCUAAACUCGUUUGGUAGGGACGCUAUCUUAUAUCAGUACACACAUUGGGCAGAUCCUGAUGACAUGCUACACAACCGAAAUAUGCUUGACCAGUUAGUGGCUGAUUAUCACUUCCUCUGUCAGGUAAACGAAAUGGCCAACGCGUAUUCUGCCGCAGGACAGAAAGUCUACUAUUACCAUUACACUCACGUCUCUUCCCAGUCACCGUGGCCCGAAUGGAUUGGGGCCUACCACGCCGCUGAAAUUGACUUUGUCUUCGGAGCGCCCAUGGAUAGGAACAAAAACUAUUUACCAAACGAAGUAGAACUGAGCCGAAAAAUGAUGCGAUUUUGGAGUAACUUUGCAAAAACUGGAGAUCCAAAUUACGAUUGGGACAGACCAUCAGCAAAAAAUGAAUGGCCAUCUCAUACAGCAUCAGGUCGGGAGUACAUAUUACUGGACGCCAAACAUGUUCAUAAUUUUAAAGUUUCAAAAGGUCUGAGAUCAAAGGAAUGUGCCUUCUGGAAAGAAUAUCUACCUCAACUAGUCGCGGCCACAUGUAAGUAA